CACUCAAUCUUGCCAUACUACAUAUACCUUUUACUUGACCCUAAGCAUAUCAGUGGACCCUCUUCAUACACAUCGACCCAACUCAUAGAUUCAUUUAUACUCACGCGACCUCAAUUGUCAUCAUGGCUGCGAGCGCAGACUCCAUCCUCCGUGAGGUUAACAUCCUCGGGUCAUUGAACGACCAGAACCGACACAUUUUGAGCAAAGAUGCUGCCGUGUUCCUUGCCAUCCUUCACCGCGCCUUCAAUGAGCGCCGAAAAGCUCUUCUCCAGCGACGUGUGGUGCGCCAGGCCGAGCUUGACAAGGGCAACCUCCUCGACUUCCUUCCAGAGACUAAGCACAUUCGCGAGAAUGAUGCAUGGAAAGGCGCACCCCCCGCCCCUGGUCUUGUUGAUAGACGUGUUGAGAUCACUGGUCCAACUGACAGGAAGAUGGUCGUGAAUGCUUUGAACUCUGAUGUGUGGACAUAUAUGGCGGACUUUGAGGACUCCUCCGCACCUACAUGGGACAACAUGAUCAAUGGUCAACUUAACCUCUACGAUGCCAUCCGCAGGCAGGUCGACUUCAAGCAGGGAGAGAAGGAAUAUAAGCUUCGCACUGACCGCAAGCUUCCAACCUUGAUUGCCCGAGCUCGAGGCUGGCACCUUGAGGAGAAGCACUUCACUGUUGAUGGUGAGGCCAUCUCUGGUAGUCUCUUCGACUUCGGUCUGUACUUUUUCAACAACGCUCGGGAGUUGGUGAAGCGAGGAGCUGGUCCUUACUUCUAUCUCCCAAAGAUGGAGUCUCACCUUGAGGCUAGGCUUUGGAACGACGUCUUCAACUUCGGACAAGACUACAUUGGCAUGCCGCGAGGAACCAUCCGUGGUACUGUCCUAAUUGAGACCAUCACUGCUGCGUUUGAGAUGGACGAGAUUAUUUAUGAGCUCCGGGAUCACUCCUCCGGACUCAACUGUGGUCGCUGGGAUUACAUCUUCAGCACGAUCAAGCGUUUCCGCCAGAACCCCAACUUUGUGCUUCCUGACCGUGCCUCCGUCACCAUGACUGUCCCCUUCAUGGACGCUUACGUUAAGCUACUCAUCAAGACCUGCCACAAGCGAGGAGUUCACGCCAUGGGCGGCAUGGCUGCUCAGAUUCCCAUCAAGAACGACCCUGCUGCCAACGAUGCAGCCAUGGCCAAUGUACGUGCUGACAAGCUUCGCGAAGUCCGCGCUGGUCACGAUGGAACUUGGGUUGCCCACCCGGCCCUUGCCUCUAUCGCAUCUGAGAUUUUCAACACACACAUGCCUACUCCCAACCAGAUGCACAUCCGCCGCGAGGAUGUUCACAUCACCGCCAAUGACUUGCUCAACAUGAACGUUCCCGGAAAGGUCACCGAAGAGGGCAUCCGAAAGAACCUCGACAUUGGUCUUUCCUACAUGGAGGCUUGGAUCCGAGGUGUCGGAUGUGUCCCCAUCAACUACCUGAUGGAGGAUGCUGCGACUGCCGAGGUCUCACGAAGCCAGCUCUGGCAAUGGUCAAGGCACCAGGUCAAGACCGCAGAGGGCAAGACCGUUACUAAGGACUAUGCUCUCAAGCUCCUCCGCGAGCAAGCACAGAAGCUUGGUGAGAAGGCACCAAAGGGCAACAAGUUCCCUCUUGCUGCGAAGUACUUUGAAGGCCAGGUUACAGGAGAGGACUACGCCGAGUUCUUGACAUCGUUGCUAUACAACGAAAUCACAAAUGUGGGUCCCGCUAAGGGUGCUUCUAAGUUGUAAUUCCCUAGCACGAAGCGUCUUUUACCCCACACCAUUGCUGUUAUUGUAGCCUUUCAUCAAAAAUUACCCCCAAAUGGCGUUGGGCUUGUAUAGUAUGCCCCCGAAAAGGACUGAGUAGCUA